CGAUGUGCUGGAGUCAGGGUCUGACGUACGACGAGGUCCCCCGGCGAGGGCCUUCCUUUUUAAUGGAACCACCGCCCAGACUCGAGUUUUCAAACAGUUCCGGAGGCCGACUGGACUGCACUGCCACAGGCAGCCCACAGCCGACCAUUUCGUGGCAGGCUUUGGACGGUUCGCCUUUGGGCGAGCUGCCGGGCGUUCGCCGCCUUCUGCCCAACGGCACACUCCUCCUCGUUCCGUUCCCUCCGGAACUCUACCGGCAGGACGUUCACGCCGGCAUCUACCGCUGCACAGCGACAAAUUCGGUCGGUACCAUCAUCAGCAGAGACGUCCACCUACGUGCAGUGGUAACGCAAUCGUACAAAGUGACGAUUCAGAUGCAAAGAGUGACAAAGGGUUGUACGGCAGUGCUUCAGUGUGUUAUUGACCGGACUGCAAGGGAUUUGGUGAAAGUAGUUUCUUGGUUGCAAGAGCCUUCUUUCUUCAUAUACCCGACCCUUCAAGGAGAUGGUAAAUACCACGUGCUCCCUUCUGGCGAGCUGUUGGUGCACAACGUCGAAUAUUCCGACCAGUUCGCCCAGUACAGGUGUCGGACGAGGCACAGGCUGACAAAACUUCUAGAGUCCAGUUCUCCAGCUAAUAUAAGGAUAUCAGAGGGAAGGCCGCAAACAGCACCAAUCAUGCUCGACCACAACAGUAUUAUUAGUGUUCAACAGGACGAGGGAGCUGUGCUCGUUUGCAUUGCUCAGGGAUGCCCUCCGCCCGAUUACAGGUGGUACCAUGUGACGGGCGGGUACGAGCCAGUGCCCGUGAUCGCCGGUCCGAAAACGAGGGUUCUCGGCCCCGUAUUGGCGAUUGAGGCUGUGACUGAAGAAGACGGCGGGCUCUACAGGUGCGUCUCUUCAAACCAAGGAGGUGAAGCGACUGCUGAAAUCAGGCUCAACGUCAUUACUCAAAUGUCAGUCGAAAUAAGUCCCCAAGUCGCCACGGUGAGGCUCGGGGCCACUUCGGAAUUCAGGUGCACCGUAUCUCACGGAUCAGGAGCCCAUCUGAUCACAUGGUAUAAAAACGGAAGGGUCCUCCCAGGAAGAAGCAACGGUGAACUGCUCGUUUUGGACGGAAUAACGAGAGAAGAUCAAGGGAUGUAUCAAUGCAUCGCGAGAAGAGCAGAAGGCGAUACAGCACAGGCAUCCGGGGAAUUGCAACUUGGAGAUGCAGCGCCGAUCCUGAUGUACAGUUUUAUAGAACAGACUCUGCAGCCAGGUCCGGCGGUUUCAUUAAAAUGUACGUCCAGCGGUAAUCCGACCCCGCACAUCACAUGGACCCUAGAUGGAUUUAAUCUACCGCACAAUUCCAGGUUCGUCAUCGGACAGUAUGUCACAUUACACGGCGAUGUCAUAAGCCACGUGAACAUCAGCCACGUCGUAGUGGAAGAUGGAGGCGAGUACACGUGCACUGCCGAGAACAGGGCAGGAAAAGUAUCGCAUUCUGCUAGGCUCAACGUUUAUGGCCUGCCUUACAUAAGAAUGAUACCGAAGGUGACAGCAGUAGCUGGAGAAGAAUUCCAAAUCAAAUGUCCCGUGGCCGGAUAUCCCAUAGAAGAAAUAAAAUGGGAAAGAGGCGGACGCGAACUGCCGGAAGAUUUGCGACAGAAGGUGAUAAGCAGCACGGGCCUCUUGAUUAUAAACCCUGUCCAGACAUCGGCAGACGCCGGCGUGUACACUUGCUGGGCGAGAAAUAAGCAAGGGCAGACGGCGAGGAGAAGCGGUGAAGUCAAAGUCAUAGUCCCGCCCAAGAUAAGCCCGUUUAGCGCCGACAGGACACUUCAUUUGGGCGAGCGUGCUUCACUGACUUGCUCGGUGACGAAAGGCGAUCCGCCGCUCACAGUCACCUGGCUCAAAGACGGCAGGGCCCUUGAUCCAAAGCACAGGCUGGCGGUUCAGCAAGUCGACCAGUUCAAUAGCAUACUGCUGAUCGAAAGCCUCUCGCCCGAGCACAACGGAAAUUAUUCCUGCGUCGCCCGAAACCCGGCGGCCGAGGUCGUCCAUACUCAACGCCUAGUGGUCAACGUCCCUCCAAAAUGGAUAAUAGAGCCGGGGGACGUCAGCGUGGAAAGAAAUAAAAACGUUUUGAUGAACUGCCAAGCGCAGGGGGUACCUCCUCCUUCAAUCACAUGGAAAAAAGCUACAGGUAGCAAAUCGGGCGAUUACGAAGAAGUUCGAGAUCGGAUGUACACCAAAGUGUUCAACAACGGAUCGCUAUUGUUGCAAAAUGUGAAGGAGGACAGAGAAGGGUUUUAUUUAUGCCAAGCCCACAACGGGAUCGGAAACGGAAUUGGAAAAGUGAUCCAGUUAAAAGUGAACUCCGCCCCUUAUUUCUCCGGUCCGGCGAAGACGUUAACAGUCAAAAAGGGCGACAUAGCCGUGCUCAUUUGCCGAAUUCACGGCGACACGCCGAUCAGCAUUCGGUGGCACAAGCAGGGGAAAUUUCCCCUAACUCCGGCAACAAAUUACAGGGUUAGUUUAAAACAAGAAAUGACGCCUGAAGGAGUCCUCCUCGGUCAACUGCACAUCGCGGCCGUCGAAGCGUCAGACGCUGGACCGUAUUUCUGCCAAGCGACCAACAUUUACGGCAGAGAUCAGCAGCUAGUUCAACUGACAGUUCAAGAGCCACCUGAAAAACCAAGUGAACUUAAAGCUGUUAUGGUAAACAGCAGAUCUGUUAAUUUGCAGUGGGCACACCAAACCGGAGAACCAACAGAAGUUACGAAAUAUAUCAUCCAGUAUAAAGAAGCAGUUGCAACACCGUGGAAGCAGGUAGAGCUUAGCGGGCAGCUUCGAGGUGCUUUGGUCGAAGGUUUAAAACCAGCGACAAAAUACAUAAUGAAAGUAGCGGCCGAAGGUCCGGCUGGGCGAUCCGGCUGGAGUGCUGAUCUCUGGGUGACAACAGAGCCUCAGAGGCCGGCUGGUCCUCCUCUCGGUAUCUCAGUCAGGCCAAUUUCUUCUUCUAAACUCCUGGUGACUUGGACGCCUCCUCUAGCUGAACUGAGGCAUGGUGAUAUUCAGGGAUACUAUGUUGGAUACAAGGAAAUUAAUAUGGUGAAUGGGAACUACAACAUGACAGCUGUAACAGGUGAUGGUGAAGAUGGAACUGGAGAAUUAGUUUUGACAGGGUUGGCACAGUAUACGAGAUAUACGAUUGUUGUUCAAGCUUUCAACCAAGUUGGUCGAGGUCCUCUUUCAGAACCUGUCUCAGCACAAACCUUAGAAGAUGUUCCUAGUGCACCACCAGAAGUUCUACGUUGUACAGCAUUAAGCUCCCAGUCUCUUCAGGUUUCUUGGCAGCCUCCACCAGCGCCGCAUUGCAACGGUAUAAUUCUCGGCUACAAACUCCAAUAUGACACUCAAAACCCAGAGAUUGAUGUUGGAAUGGAAACGAUAAAAACAUCAGCGUUGACUUACAUUCUACCGAGGCUGCAAAGGUAUACAAACUAUACGAUGCAAGUUCUUGCAUUCACACGGGUUGGUGAUGGGCCUUUUACUAAAAUUACCUACUGCCAUACCGAUGAAGAUGUGCCAGGUUCCCCAGGGGAUAUAAAAGUCGUCGUGAGCAGUCCACAAUCUUUGCUAGUUUCUUGGCUACCUCCUCAUCUACCAAAUGGGAUCAUUUCAAAGUAUACUCUGUAUACAAGAGUUGUUGAUGGACAAUCUGAGCUAAACCACAGCAAACGAAUGAUUCCUGCUGUUCAUAACAGCUACGAAGCAAAGGGUCUACAGCACCAUGUUGAAUAUCAGUUCUGGGUAACUGCAUCAACUAGAGUUGGUGAAGGGCCUAGCUCCAGGGUUGUAGCUCAAGUUCCGAGCAAUAGAGUCCCUGCAAGAAUCUCAUCAUUCCAUCAAGUCGUUCGGAGGCCGUGGCAUGAAACUGUAGCGAUGCCAUGCGCUACCGUUGGAAUACCUGUGCCAAGAAGACAAUGGUACAAAAACGACAUUGCACUUCAGAAUUUGCCAAGCAAUAAUCUGCAAGUGUUGGAAUCCGGUGAGCUUGUUGUUGCCGACCUCUCUCGAUCUGAUACAGAUAAUUAUACAUGUCAUGCCGACAAUGGAAUUGGAUCUGAUCGGAUUUAUUAUACAUUAAUUGUGCAAGUUCCUCCCAGCCCACCGAUUUUAUAUGUAACCAGUGCAACAAGUAACAGCGUGCUUCUUCAUUGGAAACCAGGAGAUAACGGUGCAGCGCCUAUUCUCGGAUACACCCUUUAUUAUAAAAAAACACAUUCUGACCCUCAAGAAAUACCACUCUCAAGGCGAACGACAAGCUACGAGUUGAAAGGACUUUCAUGCGGCAGUACUUACUCUAUUUCUUUGAGCACAUUUAACAAGUUAGGCCCUUCUCAGCCAAGUCCGAGCCUCCCAGUGCGAACCCAAGGACAGUUUCCCGGGGUGCCUUCCCCAUCAACUUUUCUCCAAGCCAAUUCUACUUCGGUGAUUCUCAAAUUGCAAGUCUGGCCUGACAACGGCUGUCCAAUUCUGUCAUUUGUAGUACGCUACAAGAAUGUCAAUGAUCUUGAGUGGAUCCUCGUGUCAAAUAAUGUAAAACCCCAAAAGAAAUUCACAGUCACCGGCCUUUUAUCUGCAACCGAAUACAACCUUCAAGUUGAAGCGCAGAAUAUUGCAGGGUCGUCCGUCGGAGAAUUUCAAUUUUUUACACUUACAAAGGAUGGAGAAUUGCCUCCUCCUGAACUUGUAAGCAAAGGCCAUUACUCCCGAGCUUUUUAUACAGAUAUCAGAGUAAUGAUUCCACUUCUAGUAGCGAUAGCAUCGUUGUUCAUCGCUGCGACAACUAUUGUUUUUUGCCAUAGAACAAGACAAGCAAGGACAAUGAAGGAAACCCUAGAUAAUCAGCAAAACGCUGAGGCUCAGAGGGAACGUUAUUACGCUACGAUUCAUAAGGUAGCUUUGCAGUCGAGCACCGACAAAAUACCAGAAACAAGUGAGGACAUAUCGCCAUACGCGACGUUCCAGCUAACCGACCCGAAUAGUACGCUACUUCACAGCUUUAUGUAUCACGAGCAGGCGAUGCAGGAGCAAGGGUGCACUUCAGCCCCACCACAGUCAAUGAGGUCUGCUCACCCGGUAGGCCCCCGAUAUAUGUGCUCAAAAGGUAGGAGGGCAAGGAGGAGGAGCAGCCGCAAAACGGACGCAGAAACGGAUGAGUCAGAUUCAGACCCUGAACAGAUCACAUCGAGUAGGACUGAAUCUUCGAACCACCUCGACGCUACCAUUAAAGCUAGGUAUAUCUACCAAGGCCCUCAUUCAAGCACAUCAUCAGACAUAUCACCAAUGUCGGAGGCAAAGUCACUGCCAAGGAGAGGCGGUCGAGCUAGAUUGCUGGGACCUGGAAAGCAGCCUAUGAGGCAGUCGUUAUCGAUUGCAGAGACAGCUUUUAGAGGUGAAAGACCGGAGCUGAGCGAAGCCGAAUGCGACAUCGACACCCUCAAGAAACUCAAGCUUGGACUUAGGUCGAGCCUGUGGUCGAGGCCGAAUCCGCAAAAUCCCCACUCAGACUAUUCGAUCGCAGUAUAAAACAAUUUUUCCAUAUUUCACUCGGUCAAGUCUUUGCUUUCUCCAAUAGUCAGGAGUAAUAAAAAUAUUUAAUAAAGUAGAUAAUUCAUUUUCAAAUACUUAUAAUAGAUUGUAGUUACAGAAACAAUAUCACACAAUAGGCUUUUUUAAAUAUGAAUACAGUGAAAAACCUAUAAUACAUUUGUUCAUAUCGUAAAGCAAAUUCUUGACCCAACUAACAAAAGAACACAUGUACAUAUACGAACGUUAAAAACCUGAUUAACAGUCAUAAUGCAUUUAUUAUGGAUAGGUGCCUUUCAGCACAGAUGAACGCUAUGUCAAAUGAGACUGAAUGUACAUAUUUAAAAAAAAAAACAAGUCAAAGGGUGGUGCUCAAAAUAUGAGAUUACAAAAAUUAUAAUUAUUUUCUAAGGCUCAAGAAUGAUAAUCUUCUUGUCUUAUUUUCCACAUCCUCCGAAUUUCAUGAAAUAAAAGGAAAAAAUAUUGCACACACUUUAGAAAAAAUGAUUUUAAAAUAGGUAGCUAAUUCAAAUAGGAUUGUUAUCAAAAUAAAUGUUAUAUCUAUAAAUAAGGUUUAAUAUACUGAAUUUUUAACAAGUAAAUUUUCUUUUUUUACAAAAAAAAAAUUAUGUAAGAUGUUUUAAAUUUAAUAUGAGAAUGUGGGGAUUUGUAUUUUUUUAUGAGAAUGGAAUGAGUGUUAAACAUCAAAGUAAUUAAGCCUUUACUGCCAAAUGAACUUCAUUAUAUAAAUAAUUUCUUGACGAAUGUAGUAAAUUUUCUUUAACAAAUUGUUUAAAAUAAUGUGCAUAAAAUCAAAAACAUUUUAAAUUUAAGUGACUUCAGUGAAAUGUGCCAAUUAAUAUAAACUGAGAAAAACAUUCUGAUCUGAUUAAUUUUAUUUCUUUAAAAAAAAUCAAUGCUGAUUAUGCAAACAGAAUAGAGUCCAUUAUAUUUGCAUAGACUGUUUCUAUCCAUUAUUAAGUUUAAAUAUUUUUAAAAGUCAAUAAUUAU